AUGGGGCCGGGGAACUUGGCUCCCCCCGGCAGUAGCCCCAAAAUCCACGGCGCUGCGGCGUCCUGUGUGGAGCGGGGUUGGCUGGGGGCCGGUGCCUGCCUACCCGCGCGGCUGGGUGGGUGCGUGGGUGCUCUGCGGCGGCGUUUGUAUCUCCAGCCCUCAGGGGCACCCCUGUGCGGGGAGCGGUCUGUGUUCAGGGGGUCGGUGACACCUUCCGCAGUGCCGCCUUCGCCCGCCCCUGGCAGCAGCCGUGCUCCUGUCGCCUCUGGGGACCCUGGGGGUCUCGGGCUGCCUGGCUGUUGUCGGGGGGUUGUAAUUCUUGAAGCUAUGGACAUACUCUUUAGAAUAAGAGGAGGCUUGGAUCUUGCAUUUCAGCUAGCAACUGUUGAUGAGGCAUCAACAAAAAAGGCAAUAGGAUACGUUUUCAGUGAUCUUGCAAAUAAACUGUCCUCAGAUGUUCUUGUAUUAAGAAUUUGUCACAGUCCAGUCUAUGUGUGGCCUAACAGUGGUACCAACACUGUUCCAGAGCUGACUGAUGAUUCUGCUUGUAAGGAGAUAAAACGGUUUAUACAAUUUGAUCAAGAUGAUGAGACCAAACGAAAGCUUGGCAAAAAAAAGGAUAAAAUGUUACAAGAUAUGCAGCAGAUAAUCAAUAUAGACCUCAUGUUGGAAAUGACAUCUCCAUUAGCUCCUUUGGCUCCAGUCAUUGAAAGGGAAAAUAAGGAACACCACUACGUUAAUAUGACAUUACCAGUUGAUGUUGUUGUAUCUGUUUCUCCAGAAGAAACAUGGGGAAGUAAGGUACAAAAUCUCUUGGUGAAAGCAAUCCACAGGCAAUUAACUGACAUGGAAAGAUGUAUCAUGAAAUAUAUGAAGGGAAUGUCAAUUGUGGUACCAGAACAAUUUCAUUUCAUGUUACCAGGGAAAAAUCAUCUUGUAACCAUCUCUUAUCCUACGGGGAUUUCAGAUGAUCAAUUGGAAAGUUACAGAAAGGAAUUACAUGAGUUAUUCAAUCUGCCUUGUGACAGACCAUAUUUCAAGAGAGCAAAUGCUUAUCAUUUUCCAGAUGAGCCAUAUAAAGAUGGGUAUCUCAGAAAUCCACAUUUACAUCUUAAUUCACCUGGUACAGAGUCUGGUAUGGUGUAUUUAGUACAGGGUGUAUACAGUUACCACCACUACACACAGGAUCGGAUCGAUGACAGUGGCUGGGGCUGUGCCUAUCGGUCUUUGCAGACAAUCUGUUCUUGGUUCAAGCACCAAGGGUACAUUGAUGCACCUGUACCAACACACAAGGAAAUUCAACAGGCACUGGUUGAUGCUGGGGACAAGCCUGCAGAGUUUGUUGGCUCACGGCAAUGGAUUGGUUCAAUUGAGGUACAGCUUGUUUUGAAUCAGCUUUUUGGAAUAACAUCAAGAAUACUGUUUGUCAGCCAAGGUUCUGAACUAGCACUGCAAGGAAGAGAACUUGCCAAUCAUUUCAAGACUGAAGGAACUCCAGUUAUGAUUGGUGGAGGUGUUUUGGCUCACACGAUAUUGGGAGUGGCUUGGAAUGAGUUAACAGGGCACAUAAAAUAUUUGAUUCUAGACCCACAUUACACCGGAGGAGAAGAUCUGAAUGUUAUUUUGGAAAAGGGCUGGUGUGGUUGGAAGGGCCCGGAGUUUUGGAACAAGGACGCCUAUUAUAAUCUGUGCCUACCUCAACGACCAAAAUCUAUUUAAAUUCCACUCUAUGCUGAAAGCCAGAAUGCUAGCUGAUCUAGAUAAAAUUGUCUUAUUUAUCAGAAUAGUAAUUUAAGUCAAUUAAAUCCC